AUGAUCCAAUUGCUCGUGCUAUCAAUCAUCAUCAUCAUCAUCAUCAUCAUCAUCAUCGUCCUCAGCAUUAUCAGCAUCAUCCUCCGAAUCCUGCUCGGGAAGCAAAGGUUCCUCCUCGAGAAUCUCUUGCAGACGAGCAGCGAUGUUCAGUUUCAACAUCUGGCGCAUUUGCUCAUCAAUCUCGAUUUCUUUGGGCGAGUUCCAGAAGACCAUGCGAGUCAGCUUGAGUAG